CAUUCUUCCUCCAUACUCGGGGUCCUUGGGCCUCUCCAUUCUUCCUCCAUACUCGGGGUCCUUGGGCCUCUCCAUUCUUCCUCCAUACUCGGGGUCCUUGGGCUUCUCCAUUCUUCCUCCAUACUCGGGGUCCUUGGGCCUCUCCAUUCUUCCUCCAUACUCGGGGUCCUUGGGCCUCUCCAUUCUUCCUCCAUACUCGGGGUCCUUGGGCCUCUCCAUUCUUCCUCCAUACUCGGGGUCCUUGGGCCUCUCCAUUCUUCCUCCAUACUCGGGGUCCUUGGGCCUCUCCAUUCUUCCUCCAUACUCGGGGUCCUUGGGCCUCUCCAUUCUUCCUCCAUACUCGGGGUCCUUGGGCCUCUCCAU